ACGCGAGUCGUGUCGUAGACAGUAAGAAAAUUCAAAAAUAUAAUAGGAAGAAUAACACCGAAAUCGGAGUUUAGAUGGUUGGAGAAAUAGUCCUUUCUCUCCUUGUCUUUGGAGCUAUCUUCUCUCCUUGAUCUGUCGAAACGAAAAGGAGACGAAAUUCCAAGGGAUUGAAGAAAAAACAAACAAACAGUAGGAUGGAUGAGAUUGCAGUAGCUGCUUCUUCGUCAUCGUCGAUCGAUGAAAACAUCUCAAGUCCUUCUUCUUCAUUUUCUUCCAUUUUCCGAAAUUACCCUCUCCUUUCAGCUAUAGCCGCCUUCAUCCUCGCUCAAUCCCUCAAGCUCCUCACCUCCUGGUAUAAGGAAAGACGUUGGGAUGCUAAGCUACUCAUUGCAUCAGGCGGGAUGCCGUCCUCUCAUUCUGCCACAGUCACAGCUCUUGCAAUAGCUAUUGGAUUCCAAGAUGGCUUUUCAGGAUCAUUGUUUGCUACUGCGGUGACCUUGGCAUGUGUGGUGAUGUAUGACUCAUCUGGCGUUAGAUUACAUGCUGGACGCCAAGCAGAGGUUUUGAAUCAAAUCGUAUAUGAACUUCCAGCAGAACAUCCAUUGGCUGAAACAAGACCUCUCCGUGAACUUCUUGGCCAUACCCCUCCUCAGGUUGUUGCUGGUGGAGUACUGGGAUCUGUCAUCGCUGCUAUUGGCCAUUUGGUCAAUGAAGUUGUUGCUCGAGCUUGAUCUCAUGUUCAGAAGAUGUCUUUCGAUGUUCUCUUUGUUCCUCAAUCAGCAAAGCUGGUUCUCAAUAACCUGCAGGAUGGGGAAGCUACUUGAAGACCUGUGAUUCCAAUUGGUUAUUCAUAUUUGUUAUCCAUAACGUUAUUAUGGACUACGUUGAAUGUCCUUUUCAGUUUACUUAUGGUAUGUGUGAUAAGAAUCAAUGGUCUGUUGUUGUUUCUUUAACUGAUUGUAAUCCUUUAGGUUAAAAGGCUCAUUCUUUUCACAAAACUACUGUAGCAGUGGAGUCAUGUGGUGAAUCAGCCUUCCACUAGAAAAAUUGUCAUUCUUUCAAUGUAAUGAAGCAUAGUUUACUUGGAAGUAAGUUACAGCUUUUUGGAUC